AAAAAAAACUAAAAUAAACAUCACGAGGAAAAAUAAAACCUUUAGCUGUACUCACUAUUACAGUAAAACUAUAUAAUAUGAAUAUUGUUAACUAGUAUGAAGGCGGACAAGUCAAUACACGGAAAAUAUAAAUAAGCUUCUAUUUUACUUGUACACAUUAAGAAAAAAAAUCUGACCCGCGAGGUGGGGAAUAAAUGUGAGCCCUCGGCGUGUGUUCGUAACGAUGAUGUGGAAUCUCGAGACCUCAUAGAUUAUUUUUCUAUUUCCUAACAUUACGAAUUAUAUCAACUUAGCGUCAACUCCCGUCAAUUAAUAUAAUUAAAAAUAUAUAACGUUUUGUAUUUUAUUGUACUGAGUAGUUAAAAAUUUAUUAAAUUUAAAUUUGUUCCGCGCUUUUAUUGUAAUAAUGUUUAAAUUAUUAGUGACGUGUCUCAUGAUAACAGCUAUUGUCGCGGGUGUACCUAAACCCGAUGACAUUAAUUCCCGUGUUUUUGAUAAGGAACUGAGUGACCAAGAACAUUUCAUAAAAUCCCACCACAACCCAGCAUAUGACCACGAAGCAUUUCUUGGCGAAGAAGCAAAAACUUUCGACCAAUUGACUCCUGAAGAAAGCUCCCGCCGUCUUGGAUUGAUAGUCCACAAGAUCGAUAAGGACAGUGACGGAUUCGUGACCCAGGAAGAGCUGAAAGACUGGAUCCGUUACACCCAGCAACGCUAUAUCCGGGAUGACGUUGAGCGUCAAUGGCAGUCUUACAGCACAGAUGAGACGGAAGACAAGAUUCCCUGGGAAACUUACAAGAAAAUGGUCUAUGGUUUCAUGGAGGAGAAAGACUACGACCCAAAAGUUCACGAUGGCGACGACAAUUACUCUUACGCGGUGAUGUUGAAGCGCGACCGUCGAAGGUGGACCGUCGCAGAUCAAGAUGGUGACGAUGCACUAACCAAAGAGGAGUUCACUGGUUUCUUGCAUCCUGAGGAACGUGAGCACAUGAAAGACGUUGUCGUUCUUGAGACACUUGAGGACAUUGAUAAAGAUGGAGAUGGAAAGAUUUCGUUGAUUGAAUACAUAGGUGAUCUUUACAGACCCGAUGACAACGAAGAAGAGGAGCCAGAAUGGGUGAAAAAUGAACGCCAGCAGUUCGCUACGUAUCGCGAUAAAAACCAAGAUGGAUUCAUGAAUAACGAAGAGGUUAAGAGUUGGAUAAUUCCUGAAGAUUUCGACCACGCAGACGCCGAAGCCCGGCAUUUGAUCUACGAAGCCGAUAGCGAUAGCGACGACAAACUCACCAAAGAAGAAAUCCUCGCCAAAUACGACAUCUUCGUCGGCUCUCAGGCUACCGACUUCGGCGAAGCUCUCGCGCGACAUGAUGAAUUUUAAUUUAUUAUCUACUUAUCCAUGUAUUAUUAUUAUUAAUUAUUAUUAUCGUCAUAUUAAUGCCAUUGAUUUUUAGUGCAAUUAGAGUCAUGUCUAUCAAUUUUUAUAUUAAGAACAUCAACUACUUUACUAUGACAUGAAUUUCCCGUUAUAAUUUUAAUUAACGUUAAUCAUUAUUGUUAAGUGGAGCAUUCGAUCGAAGUUAUAAUUUAUUUGAAAUAUUGUAUAAAAAAAAAAUUAUUUUCGAAUUUGUUUGAAUGGAAUGAAU